AUGGCCACACCAACGAAUGCGUCUGAAAAAAGCCACGCCCAGUCGGAUUUUCUCGAAAAGGCUGAAACGGUCGAUAUCAACGGAAAUGCCGUCUUCCUGUCUGAGCCGCAUCGUUCGUAUCUCCUCGAGCGACAUGGCACGUUGGAUCUCGAUCCGAUCCCGAGUAUGAACCCGGCGGAUCCGUACAAUUGGCCAUCAUGGAAGAAAAUAACUAAUCUCGCUCUGGUCGCGUUCCACGCAUGCAUGGGCACCUUCACAGCAGCAGCCAUCAUCCCCGCCUACGAAGAGCUCUCCGAGCAUCUCGGCGUCUCCCUGCAACGGGUGAGCUAUCUUACGUCUCUGCAGAUCGCCAUUCUGGGCGGUGCGCCAUUACUCUGGAAGCCGCUUUCACAUCGAUUCGGUCGCCGGCCGAUCUUCCUCCUCUCGCUGGUGUUGAGCUGCGUGUGUAAUGUGGGCUGUGCGAAGAGUCCGGACUAUGCGUCCAUGGCGGCAUGUCGAGCGUUGGUUUCUUUCUUUAUAUCCCCUGCCAUGGCGAUUGGGAGUGCAGUGGUGAUGGAAACAUUCUUCAAGAAUGAGCGAGCGCGGUAUAUGGGCAUUUGGACGGUGAUGGUCACGCUGGGAGUGCCAGUCGGCCCGUUCAUCUUCGGAUGGGUUGCGAAUCGCGUAGGAUAUGAAUGGAUCUACUGGGUGUUGGCUAUAACAAACGGCGUCCAGUUCAUCCUAUACCUCUUCUUCGGCCCAGAAACCCGCUACGUCGGCACCGACAUCUACUCCAAAUCGUCCGCCAUGAAGCAAGAAUACCUCAAAUUCGGCCGCAUCGAUCCGGCUCCAUUCACGGUUACAGAAUUCUUCCACCCCCUCACUCUGUUUACCAACAUCCCCGUCCUGCUAUCGACAAUCGUCUACUCCAUGGUCUUCUGCUUCGCCAGCGUCCUCAACUCAGUCGAGGUGCCGCAACUCCUGCAGGCGAAAUUCGGGCUGAACGCAGAACAACUCGGGCUGCAAUUUUUGGGUCUCAUUAUUGGUUCUCUACUCGGUGAGCAGCUGGGCGGGUUCAUGUCUGAUAUGUGGAUGAACCAUCGCGCACGUCGUAUUCAUCGUAAACCGGACCCUGAGUUCCGGCUGUGGCUGAGUUAUAUCGGCGUGAUACUUGCUAUCGUCGGGAUGAUUGUCUUUCUCAUCUGCACCGAUCAAGCAAAGGAAGGAAAAUGGACCGUGUCGCCUAUUAUCGGGACUGGCAUUGCCGCAUUUGGUAAUCAGGUUGUCACGACUGUGAUGACUACGUAUGCCGUCGAUACCUAUCCGCAAGACGCAGGGAGCGUGGGCACGUUUAUCAACUUUGUCCGGUCGACGUGGGGGUUUAUUGGGCCUUUCUGGUUCACUCCUAUGUUUGAGGAUGUUGGUAUUAAAGAUAGUGCAGGUGUUGUGUGUGCGUUGUUGGCGGUGUUUAGCCUCUUUCCUACUAUUUAUCUGCAUUUGCAGGGUGGGAGAUGGCAUGCUUCGGUGGAUAAAUCAUAA